AUGUCCCCCGCACAUACGAAUUUCAAAGUUGAUGGUCGCCAGGAUGUGUCUCGCAACCAGAUAAGGGAAAGGCAACCGCGUUUCUUGCUUAUGUGGAAUGAGAUUCUAAACAUAUUCUCGCAUCUCAUAGGAUCAGUACUAUUCUUUGCACUUCCAAUACCGGUAUACUAUUCCUUGCAGCCGAGAUACGGCACGGCAACCACAGCAGACGUUGUCGUAUUCUCUACCUUCUUUUUCGGUGUCGCAAUUUGCUUUGCGCUAUCUGCAACUUUUCACGUCUUCAACAACCACAGCGAAAGCAUUCACGUCUUCGGUAAUCAGCUCGACUACCUUGGCAUCGUGAUACUCAUGUGGGGCUCCACCAUCCCGUGCGUUCACUAUGGCUUCUAUUGUACACAACGACUACAAACUACAUAUUACACCCUCGUCUCGGUCUUAGCAGCAGGCUGUGUCUACGCGACGCUUCACCCAGCUUUCCGUCGUCCAAAGUAUCGUCCAUACCGCGCAGCCAUGUAUUCUGGGCUUGGCCUCUCGUUCAUCAUCCCCAUCGUUCAUGGCUUGUUGAAGUUUGGCUGGGAGACGCAAAUGUGGAGGAUGAGUCUGGACUGGAUGGCGUUGAUGACGGCAUUCAACCUUACCGGCGGCGCGUUGUACGCUAUGAGAAUCCCAGAGAAAUGGUAUCCCUAUCGAUUUGAUAUCUGGGGCUCAAGCCACCAGAUUAUGCAUUGCCUCGUUGUCUGUGCUGGCAUUGCCCACCUGUUUGGUCUGCUGAGAGCAUUUGAUCACGUACAUGGAUAUGGAAACGUCUGUACGACAUGAUGAGGGUAGCCACUCGGUUAAUGCCCAACAUGCUGCAAUAUCAUUCAAGACUUAGUAAGGAGAUACACGUAUCAAGUAUUAGACUAUACUCUCGACCCAACUACGUACAACCAUCUCAAACUAAUCACAGCACAAACCCACCCGUAGUAACCACCUUCCAGCUUCGCACCGGAUGCGUAUCCUCAAGUUCAACACACCACCAGAGCACAUCCUUCGUCUUUUCGAUCUGCCCACUUUCCUCGUAUGCCCUAGCCAUCGCAUACCAUGCCU